AUGAGACCCUUUUUGCUCUUCCUGCUGCAUCUGAGCCUCUGAUGCACGCUUCUGCAGAAAAAGUUAUGGACUUGCAGGAGCAGCCAGGUAGCACUAUGUCGUCUGGUCAAGAGGAUUUCACUGCAGUCCUGCUUGACACUGCUGCUUCUCUUCCCUCCCUCUCUCCUCUCUCAGCUGAUUCCUUUAAAGAGCAUGCAACCUUUGAUAUCCUAUCAGAUGGAUUACCUGCAAGAGGCAUUUACAACAACACAAAUGAAAGUGAGGUUUAUAAAGAAACUAAAGAAAUUGCAAAGAAUCCAUUUGUCAUUGAGAAAAAUGUCAGAGAUGUUCCAGAGAUGGAAUAUUCAGAAAUGGAAUUGCCAUUUGCUAAAGCAGAAACAGCCCUUUUAUCUCAGACUGCAGAAGAAAAGCUGCUAGAGAGAAGUAAAGAAAGGUUUGACCUAGAAAAAAUCCCUCAGCAUCAGCAAUGUAUGUCUCCAGCGGUUCCUGUUGAAUUAUUUGGAAAGAAUAAUGAAGAGUCAUUUUCUGAGAGAGUAAAAUAUGAUAGCGAUGAUCAUGGUGAAAAAGUGGCUUUCAAAGAAAAUACUCCUGUAAGGGAAGAAUAUGUAGACUUCAAACCAUUUGAGCCAAUAUGGGAGGUUAAAGAUACUUGCCAUGGAGUUAGCAGUUUGAAAGAGGUUGCUGGAAAUCAGGUAGAUGGCAAAUUAGAAAGCAGUUUAGAUGAGAAAUAUAAUACAGAUAAACUUAAGAUACUAACAGUACAAAAAGACCUUGAAAACAAAAGUGAAAGCAGUAAUGAAGAUCUUUCUUUCCCAAGCACCCCAGAAGCUAUAAAAGAAUCUUCACAAGCUUAUAUUACUUGUACUAAAUUUGAAUCUGCUGUAACAAUUGAGGACAAUAUAGCUAAAACCUUUUCUCCAUUAGAGGAGGAGAUGUCAGAAAAUAAAACUGAUGAGAAAAAAAUAGCAGAAAUGAAAGCCCAGAUUGGCACAGAACAGAGCGAUACUAUCACUGAAGUAGUAGGCAGGCAAAGCCAGGAAGCUGACUAUACUAAAACAGAUAGUUUAUCAGAGAUGUCUGCUGACACUACAGCAAAUAUGCCUGAAGGUCUUACUCCAGAUUUAGUGCAAGAAGCAUGUGAAAGUGAAAUGCAUGAUGCAACAUGUACAAAACUUGCUUAUGAAACAAAGAUAGAUUUAGUUCAAACAUCUGAGUCAUUACAAGAGCCUUUGAAACCUGUGAUACAGCUCUGUCCCUCAUUUGAAGGAAUAGAAGCUGCUCCAUCACCAGUCUUGCCUGAUAUUGUUAUGGAAGCUCCAUUAAACACUGGAGUGGGUGGUGCAGAUGCUACUGCUGGGCAGCUUGAUGCCUCUCCGUCAGAAGCCUUUACUCCUGUUGUUGUUUAUGAUGAUGUAAAACAAGAGUUUGGGAAAUCUCCAUCAUACAAAGAGGCAAUGAAUGUAUUAUUAACAGAGGCAGAAGAAGCAAAGGAGGAAACUCUAUUUAGAGAAUCUGAUCAUAAGAAUAGUGUAAUUGCUGAAGAAAUAGAAACUCCUUAUAUAUCUAUUGCUUGUGACUUAAUUAAAGAAACAAAGGUCUCCAGUGAAUCUGCUUCUCCAGUCUUUAUCGAUUAUUCAAAGACACAAAUAACAGAAUGUGUUUCACAGCAUGUGCCUGAACAUAUUGAGUCUUCUGAAAAAAUGUCACCCCACUUUAAAAAAACUGCCGUGUUCAGUGGUCAGCCACUAACUGAGCUUCCUCAGAAUGAACAAGUAGUUGCAUCAUCUCUCAUUGUGGAAGAUAAAUCAGCUAAAAAUGCUGACAAGAUUGAAACAGGUGAUGAUGAUAAGGAGGGACUUACAGAUUUGCAACAUUCUACUGGCAAACCGUAUUUGGAAUCUUUCCAACCUGAAUUGGAAUCUUCCAUAACUAUUACUACUUUGCCCUCUGAGUCAGCUUUUAUAGAAACAGCCAAGAAGGAAAAAUUUCCUCUUCAAAUGGAGGAGUUGAGUACUGUGGCCUAUUCAGCUAAGUCUGUUUUUAAGGAACCAAAAAUAAUAGACAAAGUUCUCUUACCCACAGAAUCUUCUUCAGUCCCACUGACAGAAGACUUUAUGACAUCAGUCAGUCCUAAAACUGCUCCUAAAUUGGUGACAAAAAGCACGGACAAAGAAAUAUUGCACAAAGAUGAAAGUAAACAGAUUACUAAUAUGAUCAAAGAUGAGACCAGUCACUUGCCUUGUACAGAGCUACCACAUGAUCUGUCUUUAAAGAAAAUGCAAGGGAAAACCGAAGAAAAUAUUCAUGCCUUGGAAAAAUCCUCAGAGGCUUUGGUCAGAGAAGUGCCUGAAGUAUCCAAGGUGUUACUGACUACUGAUGUUUCACCUUUGUCCAAUGAGAAAGAGGUAGUCAGUAUAGGAAAACCUGAAGCUCUUGAGAAAGAAGAUAACAGAGAAGUUGCUUCUGUUAAAGACAAGGAAAAAUCUACUGCUAUAUUUACAGCAAAGAUGAGUAAAUCCUCAGUUGUUGAUCUCCUUUACUGGCGAGACAUUAAGAAAACAGGAGUGGUGUUUGGUGCCAGCUUGUUCCUGCUGCUUUCGUUAACAGUAUUCAGCAUUGUGAGUGUGACAGCUUACAUUGCCUUGGCCCUUCUUUCUGUGACGAUCAGCUUCAGGAUAUACAAAGGAGUUAUCCAGGCAAUCCAGAAGUCUGAUGAAGGCCACCCGUUUAGGGCUUACUUGGAGACUGAUGUUGCUGUGUCUGAAGAGCUUGUGCAGAAGUACAGCAAUGCUGCUCUUGGCCACAUUAAUGGCACAGCAAAGGAGCUCAGACGUCUUUUUCUUGUCGAUGACUUAGUUGAUUCUCUGAAGUUUGCAGUGUUGAUGUGGAUAUUCACCUAUGUUGGUGCCUUGUUUAAUGGUCUGACAUUACUGAUACUAGCUCUGAUUUCACUCUUCAGUGUUCCUGUUAUUUACGAGAGACAUCAGGCUCAAAUUGAUCAUUAUUUGGGACUUGCGAACAAGACUGCCAGAGAUGCUAUGGCUAAGAUCCAAGCUAAAAUACCUGGAUUGAAACGCAAAACUGAAUAAAAAGCCUGAAGCAUCUUGUCAAUAGGAGUUAUCUUUCAAGGGGGAAAUAUUCAUUUGAAAUACAUGGGGAGGGUCAGGGAAUAUCAAAACCUUGACAUUGCAGUGCAAUUUCACAGAUCUUUAUUUUUAGCAGCACAGUGUUUGAGGAAAAUACCUGUUUUGACUGCCAUGUGUUUCAUCAUCUUAAGUAUUGUAAGCUGCUAUGUAUGAAUUUAAAACUAAUCAUCUUUGUUUUUCCUGUGUGCAGCACCAGCUAAUACAAAAGAUUUGAGAAGCUGUACAUUGUGCUUCAUCAGAGGUAGUCUUGCUGCAUUCAAGAAAAGGGUAGCACAGAUAGAGCGGAGGAUAACAUUUCCCAUGUUGUGCACUGUGUAUGAUCUGGGUAGAUUGAGACAGAUUUUCUAAAAUUAAAGGAUUAGAAGAAUAUACCAUUAAAGCAAGUUUGAAAAACCUUGUCUUUUUGGUACGAAUGUAGCUGUAUUGUGAUUUUAUUGUUUUAUCAAUUGACAUAUAUAUAAAAUAUAGUGUUUCACAAAGCUCAGAUCUUUCAGCUGCUCCACAGUGCUUGGUAUUUCAGAAAAUGGACUGAUUUUAGAACUAGCCAUAGAGGGCAAAAAAGCUUAAAAAAAUAAAACAUUUCUCAAAACACUACCAUCUAUUUAAAAACAAAAACAAAUGAACUUGCACACACAGAAAACUUAGAGCAUACAUGGUGUUGCACAAAUGUAAUCUGUGGAGCAAAUAUCUAAUGCUGCAAAUGUUUGAAAACGUGGAGCAUUGUUAUCCAAGAAACUACAAAUGAAAAUUUAUAAACUUGUGGUUUAAGCUGUAUUGAACUAAGUCUGUGGAAUGCAUUGUGAAAUGUAAAAAUAAAACACCCACGUAUCAAUAAAGCUUAUAGGCUUAAACAA